AUGUUUAAACACCUGGCCAGACAAGACAGAGAUGACAUCAACAGCAGCAGCCUCGGGAGCCCGGCCUGUGGCCCCGUGGUGUACUUCUCCGCCACCUAUCCGUACACCAUGCUGAUCACCCUGUUCUUCCGUGGAGUUACGCUGCCUGGGGCCGAGGAGGGCAUCGUCUUCUACAUCACACCCAACUUCCACAAGCUGUCCGACUCGGAGGUGUGGCUGGAUGCGGCAACCCAGAUCUUCUUCUCCUACGGAUUGGGGCUGGGAUCCCUGAUCGCUCUUGGGAGCUAUAAUUCUUUCCACAACAAUGUCUACAGGGACUCCAUCAUUGUCUGCUGUAUCAAUUCCUGCACCAGCAUGUUCGCAGGAUUUGUCAUCUUCUCCAUCGUGGGCUUCAUGGCUCAUGUCACCAAGAGGUCCAUUGCUGAUGUGGUGGCCUCAGGCCCUGGAUUGGCGUUCCUGGCAUACCCGGAGGCGGUGACGCAGCUGCCCAUCUCUCCCCUCUGGGCCAUCCUCUUCUUCUCGAUGCUGCUGAUGCUGGGCAUUGACAGCCAGUUCUGCACUGUGGACGGCUUCAUCACAGCCCUGGUGGAUGAGUACCCCAGGCUCCUCCGCGGCCACAGGGAGCUCUUCACCACUGCUGUCUUCAUCGUCUCCUACCUGAUCGGCCUCUCCAACAUCACCCAGGGGGGCAUCUAUGUCUUCAAACUGUUUGAUUACUACUCUGCCAGUGGCAUGAGCCUGCUGUUCCUUGUGUUCUUCGAAUGUGUCUCCAUUUCCUGGUUUUACGGUGUUAACCGAUUCUAUGACAACAUCCAAGAGAUGGUUGGCUCCAGGCCCUGUAUCUGGUGGAAACUCUGCUGGUCCUUCUUCACCCCAAUCAUUGUAGUGGGUGUGUUCAUUUUCAGUGCUGUGCAGAUGACUCCUCUCACCAUGGGAAACUACGUGUUCCCCAAGUGGGGCCAGGGCGUGGGCUGGCUCAUGGCUCUGUCUUCCAUGGUCCUCAUCCCUGGGUACAUGGCCUACAUGUUCCUCACCUUAAAGGGCUCCCUGAAGCAGCGCGUCCAGGUCAUGAUCCAGCCCAGCGAGGACAUCGUUCGCCCAGAGAAUGGUCCGGAGCAGCCCCAGGCCAGCGGCUCAGCCAGCAAAGAGGCCUACAUCUAG